ACAUCACGUGGUACAGAUAGCAGAAUUCAGUGAGUGGUUAAAAAUCUCUACUUUAUAUAGACAUUCAUCCUCUUUGCUUUUUAGUUGCUUUUGGAAACCAAAGCAGACGACAUCAUGGACUGCAAAGUACUUGCUGUUUUGUCUUGCAUCGGCAUUGUUGCGUGCAGCCAUCCUGAAGCUUACACGAACCGCCAGCAGCUCUAUAAUGACCUGAUGCAUAAAUACGAGAAAAACGUCCUGCCAAAUAGCGGCAACGGUAACGGCGUCAACGUAACACUUGACAUAAUGAUCCGCCGAAUCAUUGGAAUGAAUAACCACAUUCUUACGUUAGACGCAUUCAUUCCAAUACAUUGGAGGGCGGAUAAUCUGAAAUGGAAACCCGACAAAGUGGGUGGCAUAAAAAUGAUCGACAUGCCCUCUGAGAUCGUCUGGAAGCCCGACCUCGCUUAUGUUGAAGGGGAGGGAAAAACGGUUUUCAUUAAAUCCGAGGGCGCUAAUGUUAUCAUUUCCUCUGAUGGCCGCGUAUUCUGGGACGCUCCUGUGCAGACCAAGACGUUCUGUAAGCAUGGUGAACUUCACAACGGCGACGAAAUCGAUUGUCACUUGACGUUCUACUCGUGGGUUCACAGCUCAGCUACGCUCGACCUAAAGCUAGUUGCUGAUCAGAUGGACACCAGCUCCCUCGAUGUUGCUUUCAACCCUCACUGGAAGUUGGUCUCCACUCACGCCAAAGUCACCAAUAAAACAUACAGACAUUGUCCCGGAACUUAUCCCCUGGCGACAUUCACGCUUCGCCUCAGAUACGUCGCCUAAACGUUGGCAACCAAAAUCAUUAUAUUUACGCACUUCACUUACGCACCUCCUAUGUCUUAUAUCACACUGCUUUAUGAACAUCAACGUUAAAUCAGGACAACAUGUACACAUUGACAAGACAAGAUAUACUUUAACAUAGAUCUAUUAGUAACGUCAACCUUUUAUAUAUUUUUUUUUUAAAUAUUAACGGUCAUUUGCGUACAUCAACGGCCAUUUUGCAUUCAAAGCUAUAAAGAACUAUAUAAACAUCAGGUUGAUAUGUAUUAUUUAUCGUUCAUAUUUUGAAUUCUAAGGAUUAUAUCACAAGCGAGCGUAAAUGAUUAAAUUCAAAAUAUGAACGAUAACAAAUUGACAGUUUGACCUAUUUUGUCACGUGCUUCAUGCGCCCGUUAUUGAUUUUGAUCAUGUAGACCGCAUACAGGAACAAUAACGGACUUAUUCACUCCAUAAUAAUCAAGGAGUCUGGGAAUUGUAUGAGAAAUAAUUUCCAAAUUUCAAACGCAUUACCGCAAAUACAGACGGGCAAACUGUAAAUACGAACACUUCGGAGAAGAUUUAUGAAUUAUAAUAACAUGACGAUAUUGAUAUGCAGCGUAUAAUAAACUAUAGCUAUUUCUUGA